ACAUGAACUCUCCAUCUUUCUUUCGUUAGAGAGAGAGAGAGAAGAAGAAAGGAAAGGAACCAUGAGGAACCUACGAAUCAUCUCCUCUCACCUCUCACGAUCUCUUCGAUCCAUCCAAUCAAACCCGAUCCAACCCCAUCGUCACUUCUCAUCAACGCAACCCGAAAACGUCUCGAGAAUCGUCACAGAGCUCUCAAACCUCACACUCCUCGAAACAAUGGACCUCACGGAGCUCCUCAAGAAGAAGCUCGGCGUCUCCGAAACCCCCAUACUGGCCUCGAUGUCGCUCCCUGGAUCCGGAGCUGGAGCAGCAGCUGCUGGAGCUGGGAAAGGGGAGGGGGAGAAGAAGAAGGCGGAGGCGAAGACGGCGUUCGAUGUGAUGCUGAAAGGGUUUGAGGCGGCGUCGAAGAUUAAGGUGAUAAAGGAGGUGAGGUCGGUGACGGAUUUGGGGUUGAAGGAAGCUAAGGACUUGGUGGAGAAGGCGCCGACUUUGCUGAAGAAGGGGGUUAGUAAGGAGGAGGCGGAGAAGAUUGUUGAGAAGUUGAAGGCUGUCGGAGCUAAAGUUGAUUUGGAGUGAUGAUGAUUUUAGGUAUUAUUACUCUUGUGAGCAGUGGUUUUUUUUUAGUCUUUGGGAUUGAUGAGGAAGAGUGUGUUUGGUUUUGGGUUUGGAUAAAGUUGUUUGCUUUUUUUGUUUACUAUGGAAUGUUGGCUCUGAGUGUGAGCAGUGUUGUGUAUGGAGCUUGUUAAGUUGGAGUAGCUAUUGAGUCUUGGAAUUGAUGGGUUUGCAUAAAGUCGUUUGCUUUUCUUCUAUUAAACGUUAGCUCUGUUUUUGAGCAGUGUGGCCAAUGGUAUGAGAUUUUUGUUGAGUUGUUGGAAUUGAAAUGGAAGAGUGUGUUUGUUUGAUUCUGCGUUUGCGCUUUUUGAUUGUGAGCU